CCUAUCUACAGCUGCUGUCUCCUGAUUGGCUGUCUUUUGAGUCAUAAACGGAUACUCUGAGAAAUAACAGAAAGGCUUCCAGGAGGCCACAUCACAGCAGACUCCAAGGAGCUGGUACUUUGGCUAAAGCUGGCUGGUGGUAGCAGUUGCACCGAGAACAGCACUCUUAUAUAACAAUUCCUUCUUCAUUGUGCAGAGUGGGGCUGUUUCACAAUUGGUCUGGCUCUGGCAGCCCCAGAACAAGGGAGCAGCAAAGAUGCUGUUGCCAACACUGAUCUGGUGGGGGUUAUGGUGCCUGACAGCUCUGAAGCAGGGGGGCACUGCAUCUGCUGCCUUCCUCCCUCUCAGUGUGGAGAGACUCUUCCAGGACUUUAGAAAUAUCAUUGAGGAAAGCCGUGAAACACUAGGGACAGACAGAUUCGAAACCUCCGUGGAUAUCAGCAAGCUGCCUGCAAACUACCACAAUGAGGAGAAGCAGCACCGGAAAGUUGGGAAUGCCACUGUGUACAGCCAUCGUGAAAUCCAUAAAGUAACUGAUAAUCAUACUGGUGAUAUGAUGUUUUCAGAGAAGACAGUGACCUCUAUUGAACAGGAAGAUGCUCAUCCAGCUGAGAAGGAGAAAAAGCAAGAGGCUAGUCAGGAAGCAAAAAGUCUUGAAGCAGACAGACCAACCCCCGGGCUUAGGUUCUUCAAGCUGGGUCUUCCACAGCCUAGACCUAGGCUAUCUUUUCUGAUCAUUCGUCUCCCUCAUCACACUAGGAGCGAGGAGCAGAACCCAGAACCCAACUGGUUAAAGGAAGAGCCAGUCAGUGACAGGAGGCACAGACUGUUGGCCAUUCGGAAUGGGCUUUUGGCAGCCCCUCGUCCUAUCAAGAAGAAGGUUCUGUUUGUCACCCCGAAUCGGUCCAUCAUCCCACGAAAGCGUCACUUCUUCUUUUUCUGGCGGAAGAUCACAUGCCAAGAUGACAAGGAAUGCUGUCUGGGUUACCUUUGUGUGUGGGGCCAGUGUAGAGAAGGGGUGAGCCGUGGUGAAAGUGGAACAAGAUGUGACCCACACCGAGAAGAAUGUGCUCAGGGGCUGUGUUGUGCCACCAGUGACUCUCUCCUGUCCCCACUCUGUACUCCAUAUCCCAAAGAAGGGGAACCAUGUCAGAUUCCCAGAAAAACCCUCCUUGGCUUGAUGGGCUGGAACAACCUGGAAGCAUUUGCCAAGCCUAAACAUUACUGUCCAUGUGCCCAAGGGCUGAUGUGCAGAACUGAAAGAUAUGUAGUGGUAUCAACAUGUGAGAAGCCAGACAACAGUGCUGAUAUUAGCAGUCUAGGUCAACAGCGGUCUUUGUUCCAGCCAAUCCUGUUGCGUCAGGAAAAAGAAGAUGCUUACUAUGAUGAUUCUGCACAAGAUGAUCAAUUUGCAAUAGUGAACCUGCCCAGAGACCCUUAUUCCAUGGACAAGAUUGACCAAUCUAAGGAUCUGAGUGAAAAAUAUGACAAAAACAGCCAGUUCCCGGGGGAGAAAGAGAUGGCAAAUUCCAUCCAACCAGAUUUCCAGGAACUCAAACAAUUAGCCAGCGAGAUGGGGCAGUACUUUGGAACAAACUUUUACUAAUUACAUUUGCUUUUUGUCCUUGUUUUCCACAGCCUAUUCCUCCUCACCUGCAAGCCCAUCACCAUGUCUUCUCUUUUCCUUCCUUAUAAUCCACCCAUUUCUGGAUGCUACACAGCCAACAAAACUUAAGCCUGUUAAUCACAGUUGUACAAACAUUCUGUUUAUACUGGAAACAUCUCUUUUAUUCUGUACAGAUGUGGAUUGUACGGAUCAUGUUUCCCAAAGUAUAUUCCAAUACAUCUCUGUACUGGUUUUGAAAAUUGUAUACUUAUGGCCCAGUGCUAAUAGAUUAAUUCAGUUGAAAUAGCUAAACUACCAUUUAAGACCGAAGUGGUAGAAAAUCAGAAAUUUGAUCCCCCCCCCCCGAUACUAUAGUACACAUUAUGAAUGACAAGAUAUUAUUUAUGUGAAUUAUACAAU